AAGGACAAUCCCAAUUCAUCAACGAAGCAAUGGAGAAAUUCUUGGUUCCGAGAGAGCCGUCGCCGCCAAAACCCACAACUGUAAAAAGAAGGCGGCGACCAUGGAAGCGAUCUCUAAUCGAAUUGAACGGACGAUUGGAAUCACACUACCGACACGAAUUGUACACUCUCCUUGCUCAUUCCUACUCCGAGAUUGGGAAAUUUCCACACCUUUAUCACCUGAACGAGGGACCGUGUCAUACCCAUAUUAGCGAGAUCCUACACGGCAUAGAUUCCUCCUCAACGGGAGGCGUUGCUGGGCUUGAGUUUGACAGCCAGGGAAUAUAUAUAGUCUCUGUUACAAGAUCAGGAUGCUUGACCGUCCAUGAUUUUGACUCUCUAUAUUGCCACAGUAAGCUUCCCCCAGGUUCUGUGGAAGAUGAGAGUAAGCAUGUUGUUCAUUUGUCUUUCCCUCCGGGUAGGGAAUUCAAUGUGGCUAGAUGGAAUCCCACAAACCAGAAUGAGGUAGCUUGCACAUCGAGGAAACGUGAUAAAGUCUCUAUCUUCGACAUCAGUUACAUGUCUCCCAAACCAACUGAGGAAUUACAAACUAGACAGAAGCUCUCGAUUAUUGGCCGCAAAACUUCUAGUGGUUUAUCUGAUGUUGCAAUUACUAGCAAUGGAGAUUCAAGAAUAUUUUCUCCAGAUACGCUUGGUACAGUUCAUGUGUGGGAUAGAAGAGCAGGCGUGUCUCCAUGCAUUGAACUUUCAACAAACAGAUAUGAUUCGCUCAAGAGUAUUCAGAUACACGUUGAUAAUCAGACUAUUUUUGGAGCUGGUAAAGAAGGAAUCAUUCAUAUUUGGGACCUUCGUGGAGGAACAAACUCUACUGCUUUUCAGAGCCGCAAAGAUAUGAGCCACUUGCCUUUAGCAUCUUUACAUCUUGCACCGAUGCUACAGAAGAUUGCAUCUCUUAAGGCACAGUCAGAAAUCGUCCCCAAGGAAAUCCAUUCCAUCAAUGUAAACCCAUCUGCUCCUCAUCAACUGGCAUUUCACCUUGACGAUGGUUGGUCCGGUGUUCUUGACAUUUAUAAAUCUGAAGUUACUCAUGUACAUUGCCCUCCUCCAGCUUGGUUGGAUGGUUCCAACAGUUCAGCUGAUUUGAUCUUGCGGAAACCAACAUGGCUGCCAACAUCAUCUAUUUAUGUGGCUGGGUCCAUGAGCGAGAAAGGGAUUCAUUUUCUUGAUUUUCAUCCAAGCUCUAGGUCCCCUUGUCACGUUGACUACGAUGAGGAUUCGCAGAGAGACGAGAAGAGAGACAAGUGUAAUCACAGUAACAAGUUUGUUUCACUGUCUGAAUCUGUCACGGGUUGUGCUGCGCAUCCUCUCAACAGCAUGAUCGUAGCUGGAACUCAGAAAUCGUCGCUGCUAUUGAUCGCGCAGAGACAUUGCUCAUCAACAUCAGAAACUGUAGAAGGUGAACUGUAGCAUCUACUAGCUGGAGUAGGCUUCUAGGCGUUGUAAGUUUGUAACAUUCACGAGAUUAUAAGUUCUGCUUAAAUGGGUUCCAAAAUGAGGAUAGGAUACUCAUGGAAAUGCUCUUAAAUGCUAAAGUUCGUGUUGUGUAUUAAUAACAAGAUUUAUAAGCAACAGAAACAAUAGGCUCAAAGCUGAUCGAUCGUAGAACAGAA